UUCAGAAAAUGUAUAUUAGUAAAUAACACUAGCAACACAUAUCUAUUUUACAUUAUAAGUUUUACUUGAAUGAAAUUAAUUUCCUUGUUUUGUGUAUACACAGGUAUUUUAGUCAUUUGAUGUAAUAGUAGGAAAUUGAUGUAUUACCGACAUGUAGGGUCAACAAGUAGCAAGAUAAGUGAGUACACACAGAACUGAGACGUAAAUAUGAGAAAGCCACACAUUGGGUGUUGACUAUGUUUGUCUAUGGGUAGCGGUCUCGCAGCAAAGAAAAUCGAUCAAGAUGUUUAAUGAUACAGACACGAAACAUAGAUAUGUUUCAAUGAAUGAAAACUAAUGGCAGAAGAAACUUUUUCCGAGAGAGCAAGUGUGUUGAUAAUUGGUGAUUUUAAUGUGGGUAAAAGUACUUUAAUCAAUUAUCAACGGACAGGAAAAUUUGUUGAUACUAUUAUUCCUACGAUGGAAAUUGAACCAAGUACAAUAAGUGUUCCUGUGGAUGGUACAAAAUUGAGUAUAACUGUGAAAGACUCUCCGGGCAUGAAAAAGGAUUCAAUAAAAUACGGCCGAUAUGUGUUUCCAGAAUUUCAAAAAUGUGCAGUAAUCUUAUUUGUCUAUGACAAGACAUACAGACCAAGCUUUGAUUUGAUUAAAGACUUAAAACAAAAUGUAGACGAAUUAAUAAAUCGCCGUAUGGAGUAUAUUCUUGUCGGAAAUAAAUGUGACCAAACAACUAAAGAGAAGGUUACUCUUAAGGAUGGUGAAGAUAGAUGUUCUGAAUUAAACAUGGAUUUAUUUAUUGAAAUAUCGGCAAAAGAAGGUAAAAAUGUAGAAGAACUCUUUCGGGAAGCUGCUUUGCGCUUAAAAGGCAUGGAGUUUCAAUUUGGAUCAACAAAAGUACUACAUAAAAGUGAAAGAUCUUCCGAUAGCUGCGGAUGUUAAUAAAAAAGGUUGUGAGCACCACAGUUUGUACAAAACGAGUGCAAUACGAACAAUAAAAAUACCAUGAGUGAGCUCGUUUGCACUGGAAGGCUUUGAAGUUCCUGAUUAACUUCAAUAAUAUUCAAAGAAGUUCAUAUUGAAAUUAAAGAAAAGUGUUAAUGGGUCACAAUUUGACAUUAUACAUGUUAUUUGAUAAAAACAAAAACGUAAGGGUAUAAGUAGAAAUACCCGACCAACCUUAUUCAUUGUAAUUAUUUACAACAUUUUCAAAAUCAAAUAGCAAAUUAUCUAAUCAAAACGCCAUUAUGUUAAAAGUCCCUCGUAUGCAUAUGAGUAUCUACAUGCCAGUUAAUUUUAAGAUUUUUAUUUAGCCGGCUCAAAACGUAAUGGUCUAUUCAUCAUAAAAAAAAACGUAAAUAGGGUCACUUGCAUGUUAAAUGUAUUCCAUAUGAUAUUUUGAUGGAUUGCGGCUGAUUCGAUGCAACAAAAACUUGUCUGCGUAUUCACUGUGUGUUCUGAUCAUUAUUUAAUGCAGAUCAUUCAUUUUCUAUUCAAAUGCUAUAAUUAAUUUUAUAGAACAGUUACGAUGAUACAAAAAAAACAAGUCAUAAAAAGGAGUGUAAAUUAAUUACAUACUGUAAUCUAUUGGUUGUGGUUAAGUCCGACAACGUACAACGGGGACAGAAUGUCAUUGUAAACUUUUCUGUGGAUUUAGAAAGUUUUCAAAGCCCCUAGUAUCAAUUUCCUAUAACAUGUAUAAUGCAAAUAGACCGUUCAUUUGAUAUUUGUUCCACUGUUUAAUUUUACCAUGACAAGAAGUCAGAGUGUUUGGUAGUUGCCUUAUUUAGAUGAUAUAUAUUUUCUAAUUUAGUAAAUAGUGGUUAUCAUUCCUGGCUAUGAUUCUUAAGGAUCCUGUACAUUUUUUAACUAUUCAAAAAAUUUAU